AUGGCAGAUAGUCUCAACAGUCUAGUACAGCACUUUGGAACCCAAGCUUCUUCGUCUCAGCCACCACGGAAUACAGCAUAUGAAGAUACCCCGCCGAUUACCGCAGGGCAGAGCGACGCAGAUAGCCAUUAUAUUCCCCGCCCCAAGCGCAUCGCAUGCGUACUGUGCCGAAGGAGGAAGUUAAGAUGCGACGGAAAGAGACCCAGUUGCGGGACAUGCUCUCGGUUGGGCCAUGAAUGCAUAUUCGAUGAAGUGCGCAAGAAAAGCGGUCCAAAACGGGGUUAUGUGAAGCAGUUAGAAGCACGACUGGCCCAGGUCGAAACUUUACUUAAGAGUCAGGAAACAAGAAUAUGGUCAACCCAAGGGAACGGUCUCAUCGUCCCAGCGACAAACGAUUCACCUGACGCGCCCGGCGCGUUUCCCCAGGAUGAUGUUUCUAUGUCGUCCCCCGAAGGAGCGACCGAUCCUGCUCUUUCCGUGCAAGUGUUCCAGCAGACAAGAGCAAGCAGUAGGGCCGAAAAUGAAGGGGAGUUGAUAAGCCUGGGGCUGGAGGAGCCUCUCCCAACGCGUGAGGUUAUUGAUGAGCUGACCACGAUAUACUUCGAAAAAGUCUAUCCGGGAAUGCCCAUGAUACACCGUGCAAGGUAUCUGGCUGCUACAAUUCUCGCACCCGGCUCACGGCCUCCUAUUUGUCUGCAGUAUAUGAUGUGGUGUCAUGCAGCGUCUGUUACCGACAAAUAUUCCAGUCUGCAUAAUAUCUUCUACCUGCGGGCUCGUAAGUAUGCCGAGUUAGACGAAUUGAAAGGGUUCGGGGAGUGUGUGGUGACUUUGGCGCAUUGUCAAACCUGGCUGCUUAUCACCACGUACGAGUUCAAAAUGAUGCUCUUUCCCCGAGCGUGGCUAAGUGCGGGCCAGGCUGCCAGACUGGCAUUGAUGAUGGGCUUGAAUCGCUUAGAUGGACAGGGUCUCGAUGUUAAAAAAACCCUAUUACCUCCCAAGGACUGGACCGAGAAGGAAGAGCGAAGGAGGGUAUUUUGGUUGACGUUCUGCGUUGACCGGUACGCAAGCGUUGGCACUGGAUGGCCUGUCACGAUCGACGAAAGAGAUAUAUCCACGAACCUUCCCGCCUCUGAGGAGUCUUUCCUUCAAAACAAGCCGCAACAAUCUAUAAGUCUUUCAGAAGCCCAGAAUGGUGGGGACAUUUCUUUGUUGUCUCCAUUUGGAGGCGUGGUCGUUCUAGCGUGCAUGUUCGGCAGAAAUAUAACGCAUCUCCAUCGACCUGACCCCGGGGAUAAAGACCAUGACCUCACUGGAGGAUAUUGGCAGCGACACCGGGCCCUUGAUAACAUCUUGCUUCAUUUUGCCCUUGCCAUGCCGAGCCAUCUCCGACUGACAGUCGCGACAACCGACCCAAACGUGAUAUUCUGCAACAUGGCCAUUCACACAGCAACCAUCUGCCUGCACCAGGCUGCUAUCUUCAAAGCUGAGAAGAACAAAAUGCCGGAGCAGAUUGCAACGGAGUGCAAGCGAAGAUGUAUACUAGCUGCCGAUCAAAUCUCCAACAUAAUGAAGAUGAUAAGCCAUCUGGACCUGAGCAUCAUGAACCCUUUCAUGGCUUUCUGCAUCUACGUGGCUGCACGUGUCUUCAUCCAGUAUCUCAAGUUUCGCCCCGACGACUCGGCAGCUCGUUCCUCGCUCCAAUUCGCCUUGUCUUCCCUGCAAGCCCUGAAAGAAAGAAACCCAUUAGCUGAAUCGUUCAUCGCUCAACUUGAUCUUGACAUUGGAGGGACAGCCUUUGGCGAUAUUCGGGAUGGCAAGGCGUGUUUCACAUCUCGUAUACCUAGCGUGAGAACAUCCUUCCCCCUUCAAGAGAAGCUACUAACCGAUGACUCUUUAGGCUCGUGCAAGUGGUGA